ACUCUCUGUACAUCAAUCAUUAUUAUUACUUUUCUUUCUCUUCGUGUCCAUUCAAUCAAGAAAAUACGGAGAGUACGGAGAACCAAUCAACCACUUUUGUUUUGAUCAUCUUUGAUACCUUGCCUCCGUACCGAGUACGUCGCAAAAGUACUCGUACGUCUCCCAGUCGUUGACGUACUCUACGAGUACCAAAGUAGUCUUCUAUUGUCUAUCCAUAUUUCACCCUCGAAUUCCCUCGUCCUCAUUAAUACUGCACUGCCACCACCCAGCACCUACCCACCACUAUUUUAACCUCCAACGUCCGUGCAGAAAAAGGGAACCCAAGCGAAAACGUCACUUUCCCGAAUGACAGAGCACCUAUUGUACCAAUCUAUUUCUGAUAACGAAACAGCACGGUUCACUCUUUGAGGUAACGAUACGGGGUUGCAGAGAGAGAGUGUGUGUGCACCUAAAAUAUCUACUCACCUGUCCUACCUCUUUUACUACAAACCAAAACGAGUUACCACCUGAUCGACGACCUUUUACAACAACCACAACAUCACCCUCUCCUUUCUGCGGUCCUUUCUUUGAACCUUGCCGGCCCAUAGCCUAUUCGAGUACGAAAAACGAUCGAUAUCCUCUUGUCUAAAGGGUUGAAAAGAGACGCAAAACAUGGACGGUUCAAGAGUAGUCUCUAGACAAGUCACAAACAACAACAACGACGACAAUUUCGACAAUGGAUAUUGGUGGUACAGUUCGACCGCCUACGCGAUCAAAUGGGCCAUCAUAGCCGCGAUUCUGGUUGCCUUUUUUCUGUUUUUCCUACUGGGAUACUUACACGCCCGUCGUCGCAUGAGUAAAGGACAACCUCCGUUGGCGUACCAUCGAUGGCUGGUACCUCGGACUCAAAGACUAGCCUUCGCACAGAGGUACCCUCAAUACGCGGCGCAGACGGGAGUUUAUCAGAUGCCACCGAGGCCAAUGUAUCACCCUUACGGACCCGGCCAACAGGGAUAUCAAAUGGGUGUUUAUGGUCCACCACCACCUGCCUACCACGAACCGGAUUACGUCCCGGCAUAUGCACCACCCUCUGGAAACAAGGUCGAUCCAGAUCAAAAUAGACAGUACGCUCCACCUUCUGGACCUCCUCCGCCACAAGGCGGACCGAGUCAACCUCCCCCUGCUGCCGUGAUGACGGGUGGUGCCGGGUCAUUUGGGAGAUGAAGGACAACCGGAGAGAAGGUGACGGAGGACAAAGGAACAUGGACGAGGGGACAGACAAUUUUGUUGAAUGGGUAUCCCAAGACCACACUGCUUUCACGUGCCUCUCGGGAUGAGCAGCAUGACGCAAACGAACACGCAAACAUAAACCUCAAAAGGGGAGGCGCGACAAGCCGGACUCGGAGUCUGGUCUUUUUUGCCUUGGAACAUGCCACAAAAAAGCGUCAACCACGACGCGGGGUUGACUGGGUUACUCGCGACAACACGAGCAACGUUGUGGAAAGGUCACUUGUCGCCCGGCACUGCCAGCAUAAGCAUACGGGUGUGCCUGAUUUGGAAGGUCCCGGCCAGAUGAAGCAGUAUUGUCUUCCAGCCAGGACGUUCAAGCCGGGUCUCUUGACGUGGUUCGUGAGGUUCGACUCCAAUCUCAAGAGGGAUGGUACUGCGUGUGGCUACGUGGAACGAAUAAGGGAAACCGUCUGCCAUGCGCACUAGGUUACCACCUGAUACAGGCCUGGAGGACUACCUACUCUUGCCCCCAGAAAAGUACAGAGUCCAUUUCAGUUCACCCAAACAGAAACACACGCACGCACGCACUGCAUCGGUGCUUUGUACCUUCUCACCAACCCACUUCCGAAAAUGUAUGAUCAGAUGAAUUCGAUAUUGUAUUGGACAAAAAAUGCAACUCGCUUCUAACGCUUCAAGUAAUAAUGUAAAUAUGGG